UGGUCUCGGUGGGCCCAAAGCAUCAACGUCAGACCUGGUCUACCGACCGCCGAUGUGCUGGCACAGGGCCCCAAAAUGCCUUCCGGGAAAAGUCCCAGGUAGUUUGUUUGUUGGUCAUUCCAUGGCUCCUGAUGUUGUUGAUGUUGAGGAUCUCACGUCCUCGAGUACAACUGUGGACGCAGGUUUGCAGAUUUGAAGGCUGUCUAACACUCUUCCUUGAAAAGAUGGAGUGGGAUUGCCGACCGAGAGUCCCACGGGGGGAGGAGGAGCGCUCCGCACGAGAAAUUGACCCAAAAAAAUUCCUCUCCUCAUCUGUGAUUUCUAGUGCUUGUAAGGCUCGAGAGAUCGAAGGGAGCCGAAAUUCCCGAGCUCUCGAAGCCGGCACUCGAGUCACGGGGCUCCGGACUUAGAAUCAGUAGGAUGGCUUCAACAUCGGUGGCUUUGUUGCUGGUGCUUGCAGGACUGGCAUUGAACAUUGCUGCGGGCCAACUCUGCCGGAACAACUUGACCUCCUUUGUGUUCGAAAGUUUUGAUUGCUUGGGUGACCGACAUUUGAAGUGCACGGGAGACUGCACUUGCACAGCUGAGGGGCAGGUAAAUUUGACCAGUUAUGAUAUGAAAAGCUGGGGCCGACUCAUGUACUCGCCAGGAAUUCGACUGAUGGACCCCGUCAGCAACCGAGUUGCUUCGUUCAGAACCAAUUUCACCUUUAAUAUGGGGGGAGAGUACUCCAGGCCUGGAGAAGGAAUGGCCUUCGUGAUGCAGGGCAAUCCAGAUUACCAAGGUCACGGGGGAGGUUUUCUAGGGCUUUAUAACAAGGAUGGCAAAGCAGGAACCCCCACGCUAGCUAUUGAAUUUGACACGUACAGGGACUGGUUUUACGGUUUCUUUAGAUACAAUGACAUAAAUAGCAAUCAUGUGGGAUUGGAUAUCGAGUCGAUCAACUCCAAGCUUCAGGUGGAUGCCGGCGUGUUUGGGAUUGACCUGGCCAAGGAGCGGACCGUCACUGCCUGGAUUGAUUACGUGCCCCCAACCGAGAAUUUUGAUGGUAAUCUUCAGGUCAGAAUAAGCGCAGACACCACUCGACCCCUUCUUGCUCUCAUCAGCUACGACGUCGAUUUGUCGAAACAUAUAUCUGAAAUUAUGUACAUGGGAUUUACUGCAACGACGGGUGAUUGGUGUCUUUCUUAUCACAGCAUUCUCAGUUGGAGUUUUGAAUCCUGGGGCCUCGUUCCUCCUACACCACCUCCAGCACCCUCCGCUCCUACUCCGAAUCUACCUCCCUCUCCUUCGGUUUUGCCUCCUAUUCCGUUACCCCCAGAGCCACCAUCUCCAUCUGCUGAAAAUCCACCACCACCACCACCACCGUCGCCAGCUCCUCCAGCUCCUCCAGCUCCCAUAUCACCAUUACCGCCUCCCCCGGAAAGUCCAACUGCACCACCUCCCGUUCCUUCAUUGUCACCACCUGCACCGCAUCCAGAAAUUCCACCAUCUCCAGCUCCAUCUCCUGCACCAUCUCCAUCUCCAUCUUCUCUUCCGAAUUCGACUGUCCCUGUACCAUCGCCACCGUCAGCCCCAUCACCCUCUGUUUCUCCACCACCUGCAGUUCCUCCUUCAUUACCUCCUCAUGAAGCUGAGCCUUCCUUGCCCCCAGAGUCCACUCCCACACCAUCUGCAGGUCCUUCACCGUCUAGCCAUGAGUUUCCUCCAGCUCCAGCUUCCAUUCCCACACCUUCUGCUGCUCCUUCCCCUUCGAGCUAUAUACCUCCUCCAGCUUCCUUACCUCCAGUUCCCACACCAUCUUCAGCUCCAUCUCCAGGCAGCCAUGUAUAUCCUCCAGCUCCUCAGCCUUCUGCUCCAGCUUCUUCCCCAACCCCGUCGGGUUAUUCACCAUCGCCGUCCCCGGAUUUUCCAUCCCUCCCACCCGCACCGAGUUCACAUUCAGCCCCCAUCCCAUCACCUGGAGAAUCACCACUCGAACCACCUUCGAGCGCAUCUCCCCCUGCAACGUUCCCUCCUUCUGAACUUCCUCCAAUGUAUCCACCAGCGGGUCCACCUUCUAGCCCACCCUCAGUGACUCCAGGUCUCAGUCCCAGUUUGACACCCAGCCCGGACUCCAACAUGCCACCAACUUCAGAACCACCAUCUCCCACAUCCCUUCCGGCUCCAGCACCAACUCCAGAACAGGGACGAGCAGAUGCUACGAGGUCCAUGAUGGUAUCUGUAGGAGCGUUUGCUCUGCUUGUGGCCGGUUAUGUGACCAUGAUAUGGAGGAAAGUACAAAGAGAAGUCCGAGAUGCUCAUUCUGGUCAUGGCGAAGACGGAUACCUCCUGAUCCAAAGCGUGGGAGGGUUAUGGCCUUUCUCCAGGUAACGACUCUGUGUACUCAGCCUUUGACAUUGCCAAGAGCUAAGAGCUUUGGUCAAGAACCGGCCCUGUAUCAAGAACGAGAACGUAGUCAAGGUAUCACACAUAUCUCAAGACCAUACGGAGUACCUAAACUGGCCAAGCUUAUACGUCUCAUACUCUGUUGCAUACUCAGUCGGUCAAACACCAGUGGGAUCUCUUUCUCAGCAGGUUCCCUAAACUUGCUAACGUCUCUUUCAUCAUUAAGGUCCUGGGGCCAAGAUAGUGUGAAUUAUCUGAUCAGUCAUCAUAUUCAGAAACCUCAUCUGGUUCCGAGUCCGUGUUGUACAAAUUUCACAGCCAGUAUACAAGUGACCACUAAGAUGCUGGUUGCUUUCGAAGUCAGGCUUUCAUGUAGAGGACAGAUUUGGAGUGUUCCUUACAGUAACGUAUAACUCUAUCAAUAUUAGUGAUUCUCUAGCCUUAUAAGUUCCAGUGAGCAACCCUGCAGACUUUAUCAUCUCAAAGCAUGGAUUAGAGCGUUUUAGUGUACAUAAAACAGUCAAUCCUACAAUUGAUAGGUAGAAAUAGGUAGAAAGUCGUAGAACUUGUAGACUGUAAAGUAGAGUAAUUUUUUUGAAGUGAGGUUGAGGAAAUUAGCAGUCCUUAAUCACUACCGAGCCCUAUUUGUACUAUAACGUAAUGAUUCGCUGGUCAAAACAAAACCCUGUACAAACCAACAGACCAUGCACAAAGUUGUACUGUAUUACGGCUCCUCAGGUUGUAAAGUUCUGAGUAGAUUAGAGUGCCGGACUGAGAUCUUGGCACUGUUACAGAGAACUGAGAAAUUUAAAGGACUGAGAAACUAAAAGAUUCAAAAGGUUUGUAGAAGCGCAGAUUAGGUUUUGCGAACUGGAAACUGCGUACUACAGAUUGAGGGAAUAUCAACCACACUGUCAGCUAGACGCAAGGUAUCAGCUUGUGUGACCAAUAAAGCGAUUAUGGAUAUUUGAUGGAAUGGAAUGAUUGCUCUGCAGUCUUCCACUUUGUCAAGACGU